CUCACCCGGAAGCUAUUGUACGAGGGUUGCGGACUUGUCCCAGGGCGCGGACGCCGGGUUGCGGAGAGAAAGGAAGAUUUCCCUGGUCUCGCGGCCGGUGGGCGGGCAGAUGAGGCCGGCCUUGCCCUGGCUGCGCUAGAGCGGCGCGAGGAGCCUUCCCUUCCGGUGCAAUAUGUUCAAAAGAAUGGCUGAGUUCGGGCCUGACUCUGGUGGGAGAGUGAAGGGUGUAACUAUUGUAAAACCCAUUGUUUAUGGUAAUGUUGCCCGCUAUUUUGGCAAGAAACGAGAAGAAGAUGGGCAUACACAUCAGUGGACAGUUUAUGUUAAGCCCUACAGAAAUGAGGAUAUGUCUGCUUAUGUAAAGAAAAUCCAGUUCAAGUUACAUGAAAGCUAUGGUAACCCACUGAGAGUGGUAACUAAACCACCAUAUGAGAUCACUGAAACAGGUUGGGGUGAAUUUGAAAUCAUCAUUAAGAUAUUUUUUAUUGAUCCUAAUGAAAGGCCGGUGACUCUGUAUCAUUUGCUGAAGCUGUUUCAGUCUGAUACAAAUGCCAUUUUGGGAAAGAAAACUGUUGUUUCUGAAUUUUAUGAUGAGAUGAUUUUUCAGGAUCCUACUGCUAUGAUGCAGCAACUGCUAACUACAUCUCGUCAGUUAACACUUGGUGCUUAUAAGCAUGAAACAGAAUUUGCCAGUGUAGAAGUAAAAACUCGAGAGAAGUUGGAAGCUGCUAAGAAGAAGACCAGCUUUGAGAUUGCAGAACUUAAAGAAAGAUUAAAAGCAAGCCGUGAAACUAUCAACUGUCUAAAAAAUGAAAUAAGGAAGCUUGAGGAUGAUGAUCAAACUAAAGAUAUAUAAUACCUAUUUACUACUUUAAGAGACUUCACAUGAAACUUAUUUUGAUCAUGGAACCAAUAUCACAUUCCCUUUUCUGGGAAGAACUGCAUAUAGGCAUUCUGGAAUGAACUUUUUUUUGUGGACAAAAGGAAAAAAAAUCAGUAUGUGACAUUUCACCAAGUAUUUUAAUUUUUUUUAGAAAAUAAGCAAUAUUUUCAUGGUUUUAAGUUGCAGUUGUCUUCACUUAUUUUUAAAAAUGACUUUCUCUAAAGAAAAAAAGAAUAUAUUGCUGUUACAACUUGUUCAUGUUCUGAUGUAUUGAGGAGUAUGUGAAAUCCUUCUAUGAUAUUGUUAUUAAGUGUGUAGCCAAAAUUCUACGUAAUUACAUAAACCAUCACUACCUUAAGGAGAAAUAAAACGAUACUAUAGGCAGCUAAACCAAGACUUCUAUUAUUUUGUUUCCAGAUUUCUCAGAAACUUGAGAUAGAACCGUACAAAGAAAUAUCAAUGGUAGGUUUACCCUUACAGAGGAUAAAACUGAUCAUGACUCUAUUUGGAAACUAUUGUCUGUUGUUGUAGAGUUCCAGUAAUAAAAGUAAUAUGUGAAAA